UAUAUGAUACCGCCAGAUUUCCGUCUAGAUGUUGUAGUAAGCAUAGAGUUUGUGAGAAACUCUAUGGUAGUAAGUAACCAGUAACCAUAGAGUUACUAUACUGCCUCUUGUAACUCGUACCGCUUUGAUACUCAUAACUCAUUUUUUGAUACCGGAUUUGGUGUGUGCUGCUGGUUGUUUCUGCCAUUUCCGAGACCAGUGUUCCCUACCUCGUGUGCAAAAUGACAAGCCAUUGAAGCAUUCCAGCUGUCCAGCAAAUGCAGAUGGUGAAGUUACAUGAAGGAUACCGCCACCGCUGUAACUCCUGUGUCCUUGAGAUGGAUAAAUUGUGACCUGAAGUGCUCACCAGGAUCCAAGCAGGCCGGCGUGUGUUUGAAUUCCAUUUGUGCCCUCGGAACUUCUCACAAACGUUCAAGCUGAAGCAACACCUGCACACUCACAAAGCCAAAAGGCCAUUUCAGUGCCCUCAGAGCUUUUCACAAAAAGUUUACCUAAAGCAGCACCUGUGCAUCCACAGAAGAGAAAUGUCAUUUCAUUGCUAUUUAUGCCCUCAGAGCUUCUCACGAACGAGUGCUCUCAAAGAUCACCUGCGCAUUCACACAGGUGAGAAGCCAUUUCAGUGCCCUUCGUGCCUUCAAAGCUUCUCACAAAAGAUUCAUCUGAACCAGCACCUGCGCACCCACACAGGCGAGAGGCCAUUUCAGUGUCCUUUGUGUCCUAUAAGCUUCUCACGAAAGGGUACUCUGAACCAGCACAUGCACACACACACAGGCGAGAGGCCAUUUCAAUGUCCUGUGUGCCCUCAAAGCUUCUCAAUACAGAGUAAUCUGAGCUCGCACCUGCUCACCCAUUCAGGCGAGAGGCCAUUUCAGUGCCCUGUGUGCCCUCAAAGUUUUUCACGAAAGUGUAAUCUGAACUCGCAUCUGCGCACCCACACAGGCGAGAAGCCAUUUCAGUGCCCUUCAUGCCCUCAGAGCUUCUCACAAAAGGGUACUCUGAACCACCACCUGCGCACCCACACAGGCGAGAAGCCAUUUCAGUGCCCUUCAUGCAUUCGGAGCUUCUCACAGAAGAGUGAUCUGAACCGACACCUGCGCACCCACACAGGCGAGAAGCCAUUUCAGUGCCCUUUGUGCCCUCGGAGAUUAUCACAGAAGAGUGAGCUGAAACAGCACCUGUGCACGCACACAGGCGAGAAGCCAUUUCAAUGCCCUUCAUGCCCUCAGAGCUUCUCACAUAGGAGUACUCUGAACCAACACGUACGCACCCACACAGGUGAGAAGCCAUUCCAGUGCCCUUCAUGCCCUCAGAGAUUCUCGUUUAAGAAUGUUCUGAACCGACACCUACGCACCCACACAGGAGAGAAGCCAUUUAAGUGCCCUUUAUGCCCUCAGAGAUUUUCACACAAGAGUAAUCUGAACCGGCACCUGUGCACCCACACAGGCGAGAAGCCAUUUCAAUGCCCUUCGUGCCCUAAGAGAUUCUUACAAAAGUGUACUCUAAAAGAACACCUACGCACCCACACAGGCGAGAAGCCAUUUCAAUGCCCUUCAUGCCCUCAGAGAUUCUUGUAUAAGAAUGUUCUGAACCGACACCUGCACACCCAUACAGGAGAAGCCAUUUCGGUGCCCUUUAUGCCGCCAAAGCUUCUCACAAAAGUCGAUAUGGAAGGUUCACCUGGACUUCCACUAAUGUGAGAGGCUGUUUAAGGGCCAUUCAUGUCCUGAGAACUUCUUGUGGAAGUCUGCAUUAAAGCAACAGCCACGCAUCCAUACAGGCAGGCAGCCAUUUCAGUGCCCUGCAUGCCCUCAGCAAUCCUCAAAAGUCCUUAGUGAAGGAUCACGUGUGCAUCCACUCAGCGAGAGGCCAUGUCAGUGCUCUUCAUGUACUCGGAGGUACUCAUGGAAGUUCGCACUGAACUUCACUUCCACUAAUGUGAGAGGCUGAUUCAGGGCCUUUCAUGUCCUGAAAACAUGGUGUGGAAGUCUGCACUGGACCGACACCUGCUCGUCCACACAAAGUCCGUGGUGAAGGAUCGCCUGUGUAUCCACUCAGGGAGACUCCAUGUCAGUGCUCUUCAUGUCCUCAGAGUUGCUUGCAGAAGUUCGCACUGAACUGACACAUGCACAAUCCACAUAAACGAGAGGUUGUUUCAGUUCCACUUAUACUUUCAAACCAUCGGACACAAAAGCCGCCUCAAUAGGCACCUUGCCACCAUAAGUGCACCUGACACAUGCGGUGCAGCAGCGCUGAGCUGUGUGCACUCAUUGUUCCUUCUUGCUUUUCAUGUUUUCCUUAAUUUUAUCAUGGAAUCUCAGCAUAUGUGUACACCUGUAGUUCUAUACUAGCAUGAAUCAUUGUAAGUCUUCACUUUUCAUUAUUAUGAUGUUUAAGCUCUUUGUCUUGCAGACAAGCACUUCUUUCUGCAUUCAACCGUUUAACUGCUCUUUACUAAAUGAGUUGUGUGAGUUCGUUUCAGUGCACUAAAUAAAAUUUGAUAUUGGGUUUUGCUAAUUAUUGAUUUUUCAAUACUUGCACUAAUAUCAUGUAAUGUUUCAAUUCAUUCGCAUUUAUUGUGCUGAACAGUUCAAGAGAAUUUGAGUGGCUAUUUGCUAUUGCUAUGUAAUGCAGUUAAAACAACCUUAUCUCAGGAAUUGAAAUUAUGCAAUUAUGUGCUUUUUUGAUUCCUACUAUGAUUCAACUGGUUUCAGUGAUGCUAAAUGCACUGGUAUGAAAUUUUUUUGCUCGUAAAGAUUUGUGCAGACCUUUGAGAACCUUGAAAAUUGCUCCAUAAUAAAACAUUGUUUUCAUGAA